AUGCUGAAGUUCUUCUCUGCGCGGGAUGACGAGAACGAAAGCCUGCUGGGAGCAAUAACCGAGGAUGAAGGAGACAAUCCGUCUCUUCAGGACACCAAGCAUCACUGGCUGAACAGACCCUGCCUGCUGGUGCUCAACGAUGGGGACGUGGCCAAACCCGGACUGGGCUGCGGACGGAUCAGAGCAGAGUCUCCUUCCAAGGCCACUUCAGAUGCCACCGUCAGAACCACUUUGGUGCCAUGCGAGCAGAAACCAUCUGAGCACCUUGCCAAAACCCUUUCACCCUCCCAGCUGGAGGAGGGCAGCUGCACUGUGACCGCCAUCUCCUCAUGGGGUGAGAGUCGCUUCGGGGAGUCCGCCAGCCCCCUGGUGCUGAGCCCUGCCGAGGCUGCAUGGCCGGAAGAGGGGGCCGAGUUCGUGGAGGAGGGGAAGAAACCCCAGGCUCCCCCGUCAAAGGAGGACUCUGUGGUUGAGGAGAAGGAGCUGGAGGAGAGCGGGCAGCAGCAGGAGCAGCCCUGCAGCUCAGAGCCGACCGCAACACCUGAGGAGGCGUGUGGCAGGGCGCCCUGGGAGCUCCCGGGUCAGUUUAAGACGACCACAUCUAACGGAGGAGAUGAGGAGAACACCAGUGGGGAGGGAGCAAUGGGAGACUCUGCGUCCUCCUGUGAAGAUCCUGACAACGAGUCCCAGCUGAGCCCUGCUGGUAUUCUGUCCAAGGAUCGAGGCAGUGUCCUCGGGGAGGUAGCGCCAGUGUGGAUCCCUGAUGCUCAGGCUCAGGUCUGCAUGAAGUGUGGGGUAAAGUUUACAUUUACUAAGAGGAGGCACCACUGCCGCGCUUGUGGGAAGGUAUUUUGUGCACUUUGCUCCAAUCUGAAGUUCAGACUUACACAUCUGGAUGGCAAGGAGGGACGAGUGUGUGUCUGCUGUCACUCAACACUCAUCAAAAGGACCCCUCCGAGGGGGAAGAGGAGGGUGUGGUUCGCUGACGAGAUCCUCACCGAUGAGCGGGCGGAGUCCGCGCCAACCACACCAGUCAGAGGGCCGACGCUGGGCGAGCCGGUUAAAAGUCCCGUUGGCUCGCCGCAGAUCGGGAGAACCAUGCGGCCGGAUGGGACAUCUAUCAGUGAGGCCUGUGGUCCUUACGGCUGGGGCACCACAGCGUUAGUGAGCAGCUCGGCCAACCUCAUCCCCCUGGAAGGUCUGCCCCCCAUCCUCACCUCCACAGGAGUCAAGGGAGAUUACACUGUGGAGGAGCAGCCUUCUGAGAUGCUGCUUAUUCAGGAGCUGGAGGGCGGCAGACCAAAGCCCUUGGUGUUUGUCCUCAACGCCAACCUGCUCGCUAUGGUCAAGCUGGUCAACUAUGUAAACAGGAAGUGCUGGUGCGUGACGACGAAGGGGAUGCAUGCUGUGGGCCAGGUGGAGGUGGUGGUGCUGCUGCAGUGCCUGCCAGAAGAGAAGAGCUUCCCCAAAGACAUUUUCCGCCACUUCAUCCAGCUGUACAGGGACAUGCUCGCAGGGAAGGUGGUGGAACACUUGUCCCUCUCCCUGUUUGGCAGCAGUUUCCUCGGCAGUGAGGAGCACGCUGGCUUCCUGUACGUUCACUCCACUCUCCAGUCCCUUCAGGGUCUACCUCUGCCAAACCAGCCCUACCUCUUCGGCCUGCUGGUCCACAGAGCAGAGGUGGCCUGGGCCAAAGCCUUCCCCCUGCGUCUCAUGCUGCGACUGGGGGCAGAGUACCGAUUUUACCCCUGUCCCUUGUACAGCGUGCGAUGUAGGAAGCCCUUGUUUGGGGAAAUAGGUCACACCAUAAUGCGACUAUUAGUGGACUUUAGAAAUUACCGUUACAGCCUUCCAGUGGUGCCCGGGCUCACUGUGGAUCUAGAGGCUCAGAGGACCUGCAUAAAGAUACCAACCACCGGGUAUAAUGAGCUAAUGAAGGCUUUGAAUAAGUCCAACGAGCACGUGCUGGCCAUCGCAGCGUGCUUCAAUGAGGCGGCAGACUCCCACCUGAUCUGUGUGCAAGCGGAGGGCGGCCAGUACCAGACCCAAGCCAUCAGCAUCCACAAUCAGCCACGCAAAGUCACUGGAUCGUGCUUCUUUAUCUUCAGCAGUGCUCUGAAAGCGUCUGCAGGAUACCUGGCCAAGUCCAGCAUAGUGGAAGAUGGGCUAAUGGUGCAGAUCACCGUGGAAACCAUGGCAGAGCUGCGCCGGUCGCUACGGGAGAUGAAAGACUACACUGUCACCUGCGGACGGCUUGACCAAUCAGAGAGCCAGGAGCUUGUUUGUGUACAGUGGGUGGAGGAGAGGUGCACUGUGAAUAAAGGAGUCAUAAGCCCCAUCGAUGGGAAAUCCAUGGAGUCCAUCAGCAGCACCAAGAUGUUCCAGAAGUCUGAGUACAAAGAAAAUGGGAAAAUCAUCCGCUGGACAGAAGUGUUCUUCCUGCAGACGGGGGAUGAUCCCAAAGGAGGAGCGAGUGACUCUGCUGAACACAACCGGCUGACGGAGCGGAUCGCCCGAGCCUUUUGCCUGGCACUGUGUCCGCACCUCAAGCUGCUGAAGGAGGACGGGAUGGCCAAGCUGGGGCUGCGCGUCACGUUUGACCCUCAAGAGGUUGGAUUUGUGGCCGGGAGCAACGGGCAGCCACUCCCUGCUCGGUAUCUCAACGCCCUGGAUAGUGUGAUGAUACCCGUCAUACACAGCAGGGGGCGAAAGAGGGGAGACGAGCCCAUAGUGAUGGAGCUCAUCUUUUACAUCCUUGAGAACAUUACUUAGGCCCGCGCUUAUCUAACAAUUUCAUCUACUUAACCCUGACCACGACUCUGUCGCGGGCACGUCUCAUCAGCGCUGCUGUUGGCUUCAGGGCGAUUAAAAGCCUCCAAAAAGGGCGAACCAGACCACACCCGAGGUCUGCAUCCAUCUCACCCACUCAACAGUAGAGAGAAGUGGUCUGACUCCUUUAGUGGUUUUCUGAUCUCACUCUGCCCUGCAGCAGACAAUCCCCAGUACGCAUGAUGAACCCUCCGAUGGACCAUCAGAUCCAGGUGCUCAGUAUUUGCACUGUAGUAGCAUUUUCAUAGCUUGAUAUCACUCAUGUCUCAACGUUCAAUACAGUUUCCAGAUAUGGAGAAAACCUUUAAAGUGGGAGCUGGAUUCAGCCCUGCGACCCUAAAGCAAAGAAAAGAAGAGAAUGACUUGAAGAACUGUACGUAGUAGAUCUGUAGAAACCUGAUGCACAGAGAAUGAAUGCCUGAAGAAUGUUUUCAUACUGGAUGUGUUUUAACUGACUGCUAAUGAAAUGUUAUGUCAGCCUGGAAUUAAACUUAAAACUAUGA